AUGCCCUUGCUCUACGGGAAAGGAGACAAAGCCUGCCGCCGACUGCAAGAAGAGAUUAUAAAAUCGAGUGUUGAUCCGAGUAUCUUUGCCUGGACGGCAUCGCCUACGCCUGUGGACAAUAUCGUGCCCGGCUUUCAAAAUCACUGCGGAAUCCUAGCCAGAUCCCCUGCUGCUUUCAUAUUUGCUGGCUUGCUCCUUCCAUCAGACGCCGGUCAGCCUCCGAAGGAAUUCACUAUGACUAACAAAGGACUAAAGACGGGCUCCCUGCUUUUGUACAGUGGGCCUUUUGGCUCUUGGUCUGGGUAUUACUAUAUUUUACCAUUGGCCUGCUUAAACAUGAAAGGACGAGCAAUUGGAGUACAGCUACAGAUGCUUUCCCAGAACACCUUUGUCAGGAAGAGUCCUUUUGAUCUCUUUCGGAUCUCGUACACCAUUGUAGACGGCCGCAACCACCAAGAGGCGAUUCGCGAGAUUGGAAACACGUUUACACAAUGGACCGAUCGGGGAACUCUUGGCAGGUUGCUCCAACAAUUUGAAAUACCACAGUGCCAUGGAGCCGUAUUCGAGAUACCCGGAUUAGAGGGACAUCGCGUGUAUAUACACUUGGUCCCUGGGAAAUCGAACAACGAACUCCUUGUUAGGUCUUCGGGACAUUGGCAGAUACCUGACUACGGGUAA